AUGUCGCGCGCGGAGCAUUCUGGGAUGGCGCUGCGCCCCCCCCCCAUCAUUCUGGGUUGGGGGGUCCCCGCGCCCCUCCCCCGCCAUGGCGCGCCCCUCCCCCACCCCUGGCCCGGUUCCAUUCCCGCUCCCGGUUCCGCUCCCGGUUCUGGUCCCGGUUCUGGUGCCGGUGCUGCUGCUGGGCUGCUGCCCUCGGGCUGCCACGGGCUGAUCCGGGGGGCGCUGCCGUUCGGGCUGGCGCGCCGGGAGCUGGCGUGCGAGGGGUACCCGCUGGAGCUGCGCUGCCCCGGCAGCGAUGUCGUCCUGGUGGCCGACGCCAACUACGGCCGGACCGACGACAAAAUCUGCGACGCCGACCCCGGGCAGAUGGCGAACGUGCAAUGUCACCUGCCCCAGGCCCAGGCCAUCAUGGCCCAGAGGUGCAAUAACCGCACUCAGUGCGUGGUGGUCGCCGGCUCUGACGCCUUCCCCGACCCCUGCCCGGGCACCUACAAAUACCUGGAGGUGCAGUACGACUGCGUGCCCUACAAAGUGGAACAAAAAGUUUUCGUCUGCCCGGGCGUGCCCCAGCGCGUGGGUCCGGCGCUGUCCACGCACGAGUCGCCGCACCAGGCGGGCGGCUGGUGCCGGGACCCGCUGCAGUCGGGGGACCGGCUCUACGUGCUGCCGUGGGUGCCGUACCGCACGGACACGCUCACCGAGUACGCGUCCUGGGCCGACCUGGUGGGCGCCCGGCCCGCGGCCACGCACCGGCUCCCGCACCGCGCCGACGGCACCGGCUUCGUGGUGUACGACGGCGCCGUGUUCUACAACAAGGAGCGCACCCGCAGCAUCGUCAAGUACGACCUGCGCACCCGCAUCAAGAGCGGCGAGACCGUGGUGGGCGCCGCCAACUAUCACGACACGUCGCCCUAUCGCUGGGGCGGCAAGACCGACAUCGACCUGGCCGUGGACGAGGAGGGGCUCUGGGUCAUCUACGCCACCGAGGGCAACGGCGGGCGCCUGGUGGUGAGCCAGCUGAACCCCUACACGCUGCGCCUGGAGGGCACCUGGGAGACCGGCUAUGCCAAGCGGGCGGCCUCGGACGCCUUCAUGGCCUGCGGGGUGCUCUACGUGGUGCGCAGCGUUUACCUGGACGACGACACGGAGCACCUGGGCAACGCCCUGGUUUACGCCUUCGACACGCGGCGCGGGCGCGGCUCGGCGCUGGCGCUGCCCUUCCCCAACCCGUACCAGUUCGUGGCCUCGGUGGGCUACAACCCCCGCGACAACCAGCUGUACGUGUGGAACAACCACUUCCUGCUGCGCUACGGCCUCGACUUCGCGCCCCUCGACGGCGACGGGAGAGCCCUGGGUGUCCUGGUGCACCGGGAGCUCAGCAAGUGCCUGCGGCACUCGGGGUGUUGCCUCAGGGGCCCCCCCGGGACUUCCCUGGGCGCCCUCAAACCCUCGGCCGCCCGCGCCCACCCCCGGUACUACAGCGGCACCCAGAGCCGGAUCCGGAGGAUGUGGAAUGACACGGUCCGGAAACAGACGGAGUCCAGUUUUAUGGGGGGAGACCUGAACAGCACCCCAACCUUGAACCGAGGGUCGCACCUCCUGCCCAACCCGGUGCUGCCGCCGCGGGGGGGGUCGAGCCCCUACAACACUCUGCUGGCCGAGGGGGGGGGCUUCACCCCCGCCUCGCCCCCCGCCUUCACCGCCCCAGGGAGCUUCCGUGACACCAAGCCCCCCCAGGAGCCCCCGGAGCCGCUGCCCCUCAAUGGCAACUUCAACAACAGCUACAGCCUGCGGGGGGGCCCCGAAGGGGGGCCCGGGGGGGCGGUGCCGGGCCGGGGGGGGUGCCCAGGGGCCCCCCCGGACGCGGCAGCGCUGGAGAAGAUGAUCAUCUCGGAGCUGGUGCACAACAAUCUACGGGGAGGGGGCUCCGCGCACGGGGCACCCCCCCCGCCCCCGCCGCCCCCCCCGCCGCCCCCCCCGCCCCCCGCCGAGCCCCCCCCCGGCGCCCCCGAGCUGGGGCUGCUCUACCAGGAGCUGGCGCGGGGGAAGCCGGGUGGGCUGGGGCCCCCCCCCGACCCCCCCCGCGACCCCCGGCACCCCCCCCUGCCGCGGGACUACCCCGACAGCAGCCCCGAGGGGCCCCCGCCCCCCGCGCCCCCCUACCUGGGGGGGCCCCCCCGCGCGCCCCCCCCCAACCGCCGGCACAGCCCCGAGACCUUCGGGGGGCCCGAGGGGGGCGCGGGGGGCGCCGAGCCCGAUGGGCAGAUGCAGCUGGUGACCAGUCUGUGA